UCGCUUCCGGCGCUGCAGGGCGGAAGUGGCUGGAAUUCUGGCGCUGGUUGACGGUCAGUUGGAGCGAGGAGGGGGAAAGGGAAGGAUGUGUGCCGAGCCUCGCUUGGUGGAGGAAGAUGGAGGAUAGAUGAGCCUGAGGAGGAAGGCGGGAAUGGAGCAAGCGCAGCCCUUCUGUGGCCCCUCCUAUGUUUAUUCUUAUUCCACCUAAUAAAGCUCACAAUAUGCUGGGAAAAAGGAAGAGGCCCCUGAGGAGUUGAAGUAAGCAGGAAUGGGGAAAGGCCGUUGGGAGAGAUAGGAACAACUGAGACCAGAACAACUGUAGGUGCCAUGUAGUACCUCCGUUCCUGUCAAGAUGGUAUAGAACCAGGAGAAGGCCUGAGUUUUCUUGAAAUUUUGCUUGAAGAAACAACUCCAUUGACUGAUGUGCAGCUGGACUUCAGAACGGCGUCUGAGGAGCACAACUGGAUGCUAAUGGCAAUGGAGCAUUAUAACCUGUGUUUUUUCUUGAGCAACUUUGAUGGCUGGUGGUGAAGGGUAGUCAUCCCUUCUGUGUGAUGGAAGAUUCUGCAAGAGCCUUAAAGACAUGAUGGAAAUGAUCUUAGGAUCAGAAGGACAAGCUGCUAUUCUUAAUAGUAGCAGCAAGAACUAGAGGAAUCUCCACCUAUCACUUCCUGGUGUAACAGGAUUUGCAUAAAACAUUUAAAGAAACAAAGAAAUAUUCUGGGUUAUCCUCUUACGCUGACUCUUCCAAGUGGGAUCUUUGGAGGGGGAGGGGGGUGCCAAGAGACCCCCCUCCCCCAGAAGACAUUUUUAGACUGGCUGCCAAACAUCUGUGGAGAGGCGAUGCCUACCAGGCUUUGAGUAUUCCUGUAUUAUGCAAGUAUGAAACAAGUGGACUGAAGCCCAUAUUUCUAAUCGCAAUAGUAAAGUCUGAAGGUGAGCAGGACCUGUGAAUAUGAGCUAUCUCACUUAUUAACUUACUCUGCAAAUGAACUUCCUGUUUGCAGACCCCAACGUUAUUAGUCCUUGAGACUGCUAAUCUCCUUUUCUAGUACAACUCAGGACAACCAGAGGACUGAUACAAUCCAUUUGGCCCCACAUGCUAUGUUGAUGGUGAUAGUCUAACACCUAUCAGUGGGAACAGCACAAGAAGACAGUGUUGGGGCCUGUGCCUGUGAAGGAUGGUGAAGAAAAUCAGCCUGGUUCUCUGGGGCGUGGUGCUUUUUGUGGCUUGGAAUGCCCUGAUUCUUUUCUUCUUGUGGACACGGCCUCAGUCUUUCUCAGACCAUAGCCACCUGACGGAAGAGGUCAUCCGAUUGGCCCAGGACGCUGAAGUGGAACUCGAGCGCCAGAAGGACCUCUUGCAUCAGAUCUACCGUUACAGUGCCCUUUGGAGCAGGAGGAAGGCUGAUGAGGCCAAAAAGCUCCACCUGUCAGCUGCCGCAGCGUCUGCCAAACCUUCCACAACCGCUCCCUCAUCCCGUCGCAGUCAGAUCUCUCCGGAUGCUACUUUGCCGGUGGUCGUCAUUGCCUGUGACCGCAGCACAGUCCGCCGUUGCCUAGACAAGCUAUUACAUUACCGCCCUUCGAAGGAGCGGUUCCCCAUCAUUGUGAGCCAGGACUGCGGACACGAGGAGACAGCCAGGGUCAUCGCCUCCUAUGGAGACGCUAUCAUGCACAUCAAGCAGCCCAACCUGAGUGAUAUCCCUGUGCCCACUGACCACCGCAAAUUCCAAGGCUAUUACAAGAUUGCCCGGCACUAUCGCUGGGCUCUGAGCCAGGUCUUCCGGACCUUCAAGUACCAAGCAGCCAUUGUGGUGGAAGAUGACCUGGAAGUCGCUCCAGAUUUCUUUGAAUACUUCCAGGCAGUUUUUCCACUCCUGCUAGCUGACCCAGGCCUUUGGUGCAUCUCUGCGUGGAAUGAUAAUGGCAAGGAACAGAUGGUCGACGUUGCCCACCCGGAGCUGCUUUACCGUACGGAUUUUUUUCCUGGUCUUGGCUGGCUUCUGCUCUCUGACCUAUGGGAUGAGUUAGAGCCCAAGUGGCCCAAGGCCUUCUGGGAUGAUUGGAUGCGGCAGCCUGAACAACGGCAGGGCCGUUCAUGCAUCAGGCCCGAGGUGUCCCGCACUAUGACUUUUGGCCGCAAGGGUGUGAGCCAUGGUCAGUUCUUUGACCAGUACCUGAAGUUCAUCAAGCUCAAUGACCGCUUCGUGCCUUUCACCCAGAUGGACCUAUCUUACCUCAAGAAGGAAGAGUAUGAUCGCUCUUUCCUGGCCCAGGUCUAUGGGGCCCCUGAGUUUCGAGUCGAGGAGCUACAGGGUAACCAGCGCCGGGAAUUGGGCACAGUCCGAGUGCAGUAUACCACUCGGGACUCUUUCAAGGCCUUUGCGAAAGCCUUGGGCGUCAUGGACGACCUCAAGUCGGGAGUGCCCCGUGCUGGCUACCAGGGCAUUGUCAGCUUCCUUUAUCGAGGGCGGCGUGUUUACUUAGCGCCUCCUUCAGACUGGACAGGUUACGACCCCAGCUGGAGUUAGCAGCUGUUGAUCCUUAAGCAUGUUGGACCUUACAAGGAAAGGGGUGCUGGGGUUGGGUGGGUGGGGCGGACAAAACUCUGUAUUUUUUUCUUCCUGUGUGGCAUUCGAGUGCAUUCCAGGGAUGAGGGUUGCUUUGUGCACUUAAAAUAUGAGGGUUGGAGGGGUCCGUUGUGGAGGUGAUUCUGAUGCUCCCAAAAGAUGGGGUGAGGCGGAGCAUUCUGGGGUUUCUCAGUUCUACCUCCCUAGUGCCUAUUCUCCUCCUUGACAUGGCAGAGUGUCCACUCAGUUGGUUCUUUGGUGGCUCCUCCAAAUGGGUGCAUUUUGAGACCAAAGUGGCAAAACCCACUAAGGUUUCUCCAGCUUUACUGAGCUACCACAGGCUCUGGGUGGCUUCUGAACCAGCAUGCCAGAUGCAGCUCAUCAGCUCUAUGGUGUGGUCUGUUAGGGGCUCAGUUACUCACCCAUUUGUGUUUUAUGAUUUCACAGAAAUGAAAAUGAUUGAGUUAGAAAGUUCCCAAUAGCUCACUGUACAUAGCUGGUCUGCCACAUUCAGUCUGGUGGGUCACAUUUUCUGUAGGCUCAAAAUACAGGGAAGAAAUUCAGUCCUUUCCCCACAUAUUGCUUGGCCUAUUCUGUUCUCACUUGGCCUGGCCUGGAAGAUAGGAAAGUCUUGUGAAUGAGCCCUGGGCCCAUUCAAAAGGACUAUUUUAAUUGACCAUAUUGGCCUUUUAAAAAUGGGUCUCUUGGAUCAUUUAUAUUUUUAGCCCCAUUGUAUUGGACAGUUGGGAUUGGAUGCAUAUGCUGAUUCAAGUGACAUGAAGAUCGCUCUGGAAAUGAUGAGGCAAAGUAAGAAAUUCUGGCUUGCAUUUAUCAGGAACAGUAGGGUAAAGUGGAAGGGAAUAUCAUGGAAUUGUGUUACAGAGCUGUGGUGAGACAGAGCAAUAAAACACUUGUGGACUACAGUUCCCAUUAUGUCCUGUGCUGGCAUGGUUGAGGGAUUCUUAAAAUUGUAAUCCAGAGAGUAACUUUUUGGACCUCUGUUUUGUCUUGAGCCUACAUGAUAUCUUAAAAAGGGGUAGACAUUUUCUCCCAUCCACCCAGCUAAAAGAAGGACAUGAUGGUUGCUCAGCAGCUCUCCUCUCAGCCCUUGCCAAACUGCUUCCUUCAACUCACAGAAAGCCUAAAAGAUGGUGGACAUUGUUGUCUGAGUCCAUUGAAGGAUACCAGGCUGAGGGAGGCUGACCCAAAGCCUUAAAACUUACAGGUGGAUUAUGUUUGGAAGCACACAAACGUACACCCUGCCACCAUGGAAUUCUCCUUGCAUUUGCAAAACUCACAGAGUGAUGCUGAGGUCUUAGGCUUCUGACUGAUUUAUGUAGAGAAGCUAGCAGACUUUUGGGGCCCCAUUUGCAGACUGAGGUGGUACAGGAUCAGUCAUGAAGAAUCCACUUUCCUCAGCUCUUACAUUCUACAGCAGUGUUUCUCAAACUUUGCUCCUCCAGGUAUUUGUGGAAGGUGAAGUCCACAAGCCACCUGGAGGAGCAGGGUUUGAGAAACACUGUUCUAGAGCAGGUCUGCACAACCUGUGGCCCUCCAUGUGUUUGAGCCUCCUAGCUCCCAGAAGCCCUAACCUGCUUGUCGAAUGGUCAGGAAUUCUGGGAGCUGAAGUCCAAAACUCCUGGAGGGCAGCGGAUUAUGCAGGCUUGUUCUAGAGCAAGGAGUUCUAAUUGAUCCUGUUUGGAUAGCACCAGGUUGCAUUCGGUUAGAGUUUUUUUUCCCUGUUGUUCUAAGUGUUUUUGGUGGCUCACUCUUAUAGGAUAUUUAGGAGAAGAGGCUGGUUUGUUUAAUUAUGGCCUAUCAGAGAUGCCAUGUUUUUUUCUUCCCAAGUGAGUAAAGAUUUCCCUCCCACCCUCUCAGGCUGCUUUAAUUCUCCUUUUUGGAGGGAAAAGCUUUUCUCCUUCCUAAAAUUUGAGCUUUGGAGCAUGCUGUCAUUUUAGUGGCAUUUCCCAGAGCAUAAAAAAUGUGUUUUUUUAAUAUUAAAAAUCCAAAAAUUCUUUGGCCAACUACCCUUGCCCUUGGGGAUUGUGGUCCAAAAAAGGAUUCCACACACACACACACACACACAAACUGUAUCAUUUGUUUGUUGCUGCCAUAUGAGAACAGGACACUGCCGUGUCUGGGAGGAGUAAGGCAAGGGAGGAAACACUCCUGAGAGGACAGCAGAACGUGCCACAGAAGGGGCUUUCUGGAAAAGGAGCCCAGCCUUACUCAGUGGUGCGGACUCUGCCUUCCCCAUCUUUGCCUCUGAGGUGCUGCAGAGCUGCUCUACAACCACUUUACUCGCAGCAGGCAUUGAGAAAUGACUUCAGACCUCACUUGGCCAAAAUUCAGACCACACCAAAGGGUAGUGUAUUUUGUUGGUUCCAAUGCUGUAUUACUUUUGUGUGUCCUUUUUUUUCUAAAGAAAAACAAAAAAAAAUACAUACUACGCUCUCCUUGGUGAGUGGAGGAAGAACACUUCUCUUGGCUAAUUUUAGUUAAGAAUUUCCUUCCUGGGUCAGGUUUAAGUGAAAUGGGUGUUGGAGGCCUUCCUUUCAUGUCUCUGUUCUUCUAGUCAGUGUGGAUGAGAAGACAGGAGAUGGUGCCUUGGGGGACAAAACGAAAUGAGUUUGAUGUAUCUGCUUUAUUGUGUUCUGGAAAACAGCAACGGAGCCCUUAGAUGUGUUGGGGAGACACCUGUUCUACUGAAGAUCCUCACCUUGUGGUUUUGUAAUUUUUUCAGUGUAUUGUUUUGGAUUCUCUCAGAGGAGUUCCUCUGUGAAUGAAGACAUAUUUGUAAAGUUCCUGGGAUGACAAUAAAGCAGGCAGAAAUUGAUUUGUAUGUGAUAUUGCUGGAUCCAUGGAAGGCACCCCCAAUUUCUUCUUCACUGGGGGAGGGAGGUGCUACUGGCAGAGGUUAGGAGGCUCAGCCUAGUAGAAGAAAUUGAGUUUUGGGACAUUUUUGCUAGGUGAGACCAAACCAUUUUAGUCCCCAGAGAAGUCUUUUUUUUUUUUUUUUUUUGCAACAGGAACAUCUGUUAUCUUUCUUUUUUAAAAGCAAGACCUCUCUUUGAAACUAAAAUUGGCCAAAGGGCAUUUUGAAAGCACAAGCUUCUUGGUCCCUAGUUGCCCUGUGGGGUACAUAUAUCGGAUAUGCUGUACCUUGUUCUCCUCUGUCCUGAAAGAUUAGUGGGAAAAUGAUCUCUCACAAGUCAUCUUCAAAUGUUGGUCCUCCAAGGGCUAGGGCUUUUGCUGACUCCCUGAUGACUGGGACAUCCAGAAGUUGGAAACUUGGAGCUUGAGAACAGCUACCAUAUAUGUUAGGACAGUGGUUCUCAACCUGUAGGUCCCCAGAUGUUUUGGCCUUCAACUUCCAGAAAUCCUAACAGCUGGUAAACUAGCUGGGGUUUCUGGGAGUUGUACCAGAACACCUGGAGACCCAUAGCUUGAGAACCACUGUGUUAGGAAGAUGAUAAAGCAUGUGGUGAUAGUGCACUGUCUUCCUUUUGCACAUUUGUUUGGCCCUAGUCCCUGCUUUUGAAAACUGCCUGAUUCAAAAAUUGCCAAAAAUUGGGAAGUUGGAAGCUGUGGCAUAUAAAGAAAAGACAAAUCUAGGGUGCCAUCGCCUUUGAGUACAUGUUCAGACUGAUUCCCGCUGCAGAUAAAGGAACACCUUUGAGGAUGGGCAGCUCAUUUUAGUAGACUUCAUAGUGAUUUCAAGGGAGACAAGGCAAUGUAUGCUGUUCCUCUUCCCUUUCUGUCUUCCUGGACCCAGACAAAAAGCCACAGCUGCUGGAGAGAAAGAGGGGAAAGCACUGCUAGUGAUGCAUCAUUUCUUCCCUCCACAAAGUGCUCCAAAUUUGCCUGUAUCUCUGCCUUUCUUCCUUUAAUCGAGGCAGAAGCUAGGAGCAUACAUCUGUACAUCACUGUACAUGUUUUCCAGUGAAUGGAGAGUGUUUUAAGGCAUGUCCUGCACCAGGAGUCUGACUUAAGGAUUUUCUCUUGUCUUGCUUGGAUCCCACAGUUCUGCGUCACUACCCGUACCACUUGUUGCCUGAUGAUUUCUCUCUCUUGGCAUGUCAUCUGUGUUUGUCUUUUGCCCAGGUUUACAGGGCUACUGCUUCUCUUUCCGAUCUGGAUAACAAAUUGUUCUUAAGGGAGCAAGAGGAGCCAGCGGAGACCCGAGGGCCAAAACUAAGGGUUUCUGUCAAGGAAAGCCCACCAGCAACCGCUGUCCCCUCUCGUCUCCAUCCCUUUCCACACACAGAAGUCUGUUUUGAAAUUUGAACUAAAUAUAUACGCUGGGUGCAAGACAGGAGUUAUUGCAUUGUGUUUGAUGGAGAGAUGCUGUUUUUAUGUCCAGAGUUCAAUUGGUGAAAAAAAAAGUUUAAAGAUGCAAAAACUUAUUUUCCACAAUAAAAUAAACUGGUCCUUUUCAGACA